CCGAACUAUAAAGUCCGGUGUUUCCUCGAGGGGAUACUGAUGAUUUGCACUGUUCAACUUUCAUAUAAUCUUUAGUCACUCGUUGAUUUACCUUCUUCCUCCUUAUAUUCCUUUCGAUUCUCUGGUUUUCUUGUUGCUUUUGGUUUUGACCAGACGUAAUUUCUCUAUUCGGUUAAAUUUUUCGCGAAGAGAAUUUUUCGUCUACAAGAAAAUGAGGCUGGUCCUUUUCCCCCUUUGGGCGUUGGCAAGCUCGGCAUCGGCCGUUUUCCUGGCCACGACUACACGUUAUUACGAUGGCCAGGAGGGUGCAUGCGGGUGUGGCACUAGCUCUGGCCUUGACUCGUGGCAGACUGGAAUUAGUCCAAAGGUCUACACUGCUGCCGGCUCCCAAGCUCUUUUCGACACUGACGGUUCCUCCUGGUGCGGCGCUGGAUGUGGCAAGUGCUAUAACCUGACUUCUACAGGCUCUUCAGCAUGCAAUGGCUGUGGAACUGGAGGGGUAGCGGGCGAAAGCAUCAUCGUCAUGGUGACAAACUUGUGCCCAUACAAUGGAAACCAACAGUGGUGCCCACAGCCUGGUGCUACUAAUGAGUACGGCUACAAUUAUCAUUUCGAUAUCAUGGCCCAAAGUGAAGUGUUUGGCGAUAAUGUCGUGGUCCAAUUCGAAGAGACUGCAUGCCCAGGACAAGCAACAACUGACUGGGAGACAUGUGUUUGCUAUGGUCAAACUGACACUGAUACGACGACUCUUGUUUCCGCCUCUACUGCUUCUUCUGCCGACGUCGCCGCGCCUUCUACCAGUAGUAGCACAGCAGCGACCUCGACUGCUGCGGUGGAAACAACUACAGCUGUGGCUGAGUCAUCUUCAACACCUCCCUUGUCUUCAGCAACUUCCACGUUAUUUACAACUAAAACUUCGGCAUGCUCUGGCCCCGUACAGACUCUGUAUGGCCAAUGCGGUGGAGCGAACUGGGCCGGUGCUACUUCCUGCGCGUCGGGAUCUACAUGCAAAAUCCAAAAUCCUUAUUAUUCACAAUGUCUUAGUGAUUGAGUCCAAGGUGAAGAUGCAUAUACUCAUGCUCUGAUAUUUUCUCAUCCUUAUAUGUUUUCCAACCCUCAUUCGUUUCUAUAUCUGUGUUAAUAUAACACAUAAAUUGUGUUUUAUUAAAUCGCCCAAACCAAUUCUUGCAAUCACAUUGCACAAAAUUCAAUUUUGACUUUCCUGAUAGUCCAUGACAAUCACUAUAUAGGAUGAAAUCUCUGGUUUUCA